AUGUCAGAUGAGCUGUUAUUAGCGGAAGAAGCACCUUAUGGUGUCUUCUUCGGAUCACUCGGAGUUACAGCUGCCAUGAUCUUCACAGCGGCCGGAUCAGCUUAUGGAACAGCCAAAUCGGGUACAGGAAUCGCUUCUAUGGCUGUGGCAAGGCCGGAUCUAGUUAUGAAGGCUAUUAUUCCUGUUGUUAUGGCUGGUAUUGUUGCUAUUUAUGGUUUAGUCGUGGCCGUUAUUAUAUCGGGAAAGAUUUCUCCUGGUGGAAAGGAAUAUCCAGUUUACCUUGGAUUCAGUCAGUUUGCUGGAGGUCUUGUUUGUGGUCUUUGCGGGUUGGCUGCUGGCUAUGCGAUUGGAAUAGCUGGAGAUGCCGGAGUUCGAGCUUUGUCACAACAGCCAAGGUUCUUUGUGGGGAUGAUCUUGAUUCUCAUCUUCGCUGAGGUAGGCUAGCGUUUAUUGAUUAUUUUUGUUUAGGUAUUGGGACUGUAUGGUAUGAUCGUUGCUCUGAUCUUGGGAGCAGCAUAG